AACAUUACCCACACACGCACAAUCUCUCUCUCUCCCUCUCUAUCUAUCGUCUUCUUUCUUCGCUCUCCGCAGCUUUCUGUUGCUCGCAGGGAUCCUCCCUACCCACACCGGUUUUUCUCCCUCGAGCACGGAGUCGACGGCACGGCGAGAGUUGCCAUUCUCUGGAGUGAGAGAGGGGGAAGCUCUCCGAAUCCGGGACUUCCGUACCGAGAGACACCGCCGCUGAAUGUCGCUCCGGCGGUGGGCUUGCCCCCCCGCUACUGCGGUGAUUCCAAUGGAUUUUGCCCGUGGAGCGGAGAGCUUGAAAAUUUCACUGGGGGAGGUGUUUGCUUUCAUGUAGAGCCCCAACGGAGAGGGAAACAAAGCAAAAAAAAAAAAACAAAAUGCAUGAGGCGGCGUUGCUGGAUGAGCCCAGUUCACUGACCAAGAAGAAGAAAUCGUCGGAGGAGGAGGAGGACGACGGGAUUAGGGUCAGGGUCAUCUCCGACAAGGACGGCCGGAAGCCCCUUGAGCUCGUCGUCGCGCCACCGAUCGUCGUCAGCCGGAGCCGAUCGCAGGCCGGGACGCGCCGGGUCGCCCCGGCCGUGACCCCGGCCGCCGGAAGGGCCGUCGAGAAGCCGCUGCCCAACGGAGAUCUGUACAUCGGGAGCUUCUCGGGGAAUGCGCCGCACGGAUCUGGGAAGUACCUGUGGGCCGACGGUUGCAUGUACGAGGGCGAGUGGAGGCGAGGCAAGGCCUCCGGGAAGGGCAAGUUCUCCUGGCCCUCGGGUGCCACCUUCGAGGGCGAGUUCAAGUCCGGCCAUAUGGAGGGCCAUGGGACCUUCGUCGGCUCCGAUGGCGACACCUACCGCGGCUCCUGGAGCGCCGAUCGGAAGCACGGCUACGGCCAGAAGCGAUACGCCAACGGCGACUUCUACGAGGGCUCCUGGAAGCGGAACCUGCAGGACGGGCAGGGCCGGUACGUUUGGAGGAACGGGAGCGAGUACGAGGGCGAGUGGCGCAACGGCGUGAUCUCAGGCCGCGGCGUUCUAACGAGGGCGAACGGCCACCGCUACGAAGGGCAGUGGGAGAACGGCGUCCCGAAAGGGAAUGGCGUCUUCAUUUGGCCUGAUGGGAGUCGCUAUCCCAUCUCUUGGAACAAGGACUUGAAGAUUCAGCAGCAGUUGGAUGGGCCGUUCUAUGGCAGCAACGGGAAGGACCUCUGCUUGAAGAGUAACGACGCAGCCUUUGUCGCCGAGCAUUUGAUGCUCGCCACGAUGAGGAAGCGGUCCUCCGUGGACGGCGCGAGGGGGAGCUUGACGGAGAGGAACUUCCCCAGGAUAUGUAUUUGGGAGUCUGAUGGUGAAGCUGGGGACAUCACUUGCGACAUCAUCGACAAUGUGGAGGCAUCCAUAUUUUAUCGGAACCGCGACGGGUUUAGGGAUUUUAGGAGGGGACCUUGUUGUUUCACUGGGGAUGCGAAGAAGCCAGGUCAGACGAUCUCGAAAGGGCAUAAGAACUAUGACUUGAUGCUCAACUUGCAACUGGGUAUCAGGUAUUCUGUCGGGAAGCGGAGCGGCCUGCGGGAUUUGAAGCCGGGCGACUUCGAUCCGAAGGAGAAGUUCUGGACAAGGUUUCCGCCGGAAGGAUCAAAGGUUACGCCGCCCCAUCAAUCAGUGGAAUUCCGCUGGAAGGAUUAUUGUCCAAUGGUGUUCAGGCACUUAAGGGAGCUAUUUCAAGUGGAUCCUGCUGAUUACAUGUUAGCGAUUUGCGGCAACGAUGCAUUGAGAGAGCUCUCUUCGCCGGGGAAGAGUGGCAGCUUCUUUUACCUUACUCAGGAUGACAGAUUUAUGAUAAAAACUGUGAAGAAGUCCGAAGUUAAGGUGCUUAUAAGGAUGCUCCGUAGCUAUCACCAGCAUGUCCGCUUGUAUGAAAAUUCCCUGGUGACAAAAUUCUUUGGCGUGCACUGUGUCAAACCUAUUGGCGGUCAGAAGACCCGGUUCAUCGUCAUGGCCAACUUGUUUUGCUCAGAAUACCGAAUACACCGGCGGUUUGAUCUGAAAGGAUCCUCCCAUGGCCGCAUGACAGAUAAACCUCAGGAGGAGAUUGAUGAAACAACUACCCUGAAGGACCUCGAUCUCAAUUUCGUGUUUCGCCUGCAACGGAGUUGGUUUCAAGAGCUCAUGACGCAAAUCGAGCGUGACUGUGAGUUCUUAGAAGCAGAGGGAAUAAUGGAUUAUAGUCUAUUGGUUGGUCUUCACUUUCGUGAUACCAGCACGUGCGACAAAAUGGGGUUAUCUCCAUUCGUGUUGCGAACUGGCAAAAAGGAUUCAUAUCAGAAUGAAAAGUUCAUGCGGGGCUGCCGAUUCCUUGAGGCGGAGUUACAAGACAUGGACCGAGUUUUAGCUGGCAGGAAACCCUUGAUACGGUUAGGAGCAAAUAUGCCGGCAAGAGCAGAGCGAAUGGCUCGGAGGAGUGAUUUUGACCAGUACACUCAAGGGGGAGUGAGCCAUUUGACCCCUUCACGAAACAGUGAGACAUACGAGGUCGUUCUGUACUUUGGCAUCAUUGACAUCCUACAGGAUUAUGACAUUGCCAAGAAGUUAGAGCAUGCAUAUAAAUCCUUGCAAGCCGAUCCCACCUCGAUCUCUGCAGUGGAUCCAAAACUCUAUUCCAAGAGAUUCCGAGAUUUUAUAGGAAGAAUCUUCAUAGAGGAAAGGUAGCUGCUGGAGGGAAAGAGGAGUAUUUGAAGUAAGAAACAGACUUGUGGAUGAACCAACGAUGGACCGCAUAAACACUCGAGCGGUGACGAUGAUUCAUGGUGGAUCCCUCGGAGGGUCAGAGCGCGAGAGUCUGUAAAUUGGAGGCCUGCGUCGCUGCUGGUGCAGAGUUUAUGCAGUGGGUAAGCACCUCGUCACCCGGGGUCCUAUGGAUGGUCGGCUGAAUUUUGAUUAUAUCAGUCAUUGUGAAGUGAAAGGGGGGAGGGCAAAUACUUGUACAUUGGUUGGGGGGAUUGGGGGGGGGGGGGCUCUUCCGAACAUGGGAGGGGCAAUUCCUUUCUUUUUCAUUAGUUAUUUUUCCUUUGCUUUUUUUGAUAAUUUUUUCAAUGUGUUUCUUCUGGAAAUUUUGUGGGCAAGGCAAGCAAGGAUAUGUGAAGAUUUUGAAAAAGGUUGGGGGGGUAUAGGGAAGUGAGAAGAUGUUUUCCCCAGAGGAG